AUCUGCAUAGCGAGUUAGCGACUGCCCAGACUUGGGAGUUGAAAACGCGAAGUUGCAAAACAGAAAACAAACUCCGGAGUUGAGUUCGGUUUCUCAUAUAUAAAAACUUAAAAACUCAGUAUGUGCAUCUCUUGAACUCAACGACCCAACCCGUGCUUUCUCUAUUUCUUGGCAUUCACUGUUAGAACAUUUUAGAUAAUGAUGAUUACACAACUUAAUGGUGGUAGACUUUCUAGUGGACUGAGAACUAGAAAUAGACAUCAGAAUUCAGUGGCCAAAGCAAUUACAUCAAGGUUUCUAUUGCAACAAGGUGGAGUUCGUGAUUCUUGUGUAGCAUUUGAUAGGAAUUGCCGCCUGUCCUUGGAGCAUAGAAGUAGUGUGCCAUUCUUGGUUACUCGUGGUAGAAAUUCUAAUUUUCUGGUGGCUUAUGAUCCGCUGAAUUCUGAUUUGAGUGUGGAUUCUGCUGAUGGUGAGGAGACGUUUAAUUUAGAAGAUGACAGUGGUUUCAACUGUUUGUCCGGAAAAUACCCCAAAUUGGAAAGGAUACCUAUCAGUGAUUAUCUAGAUUCCAAAAGCGAGGUUGACAAAUCACAUUCUUUAGAUAUCAAGCGUGAGCUUACAAUGCUUACUUUGCCUGCAAUUGUGGGACAGGCCCUUGAUCCCUUAGCACAGCUGAUGGAGACUGCUUAUAUUGGUAGAAUAGGUUCUGUCGAGUUGGCUUCUGCAGGUGUUUCUAUAUCGAUCUUUAAUAUUAUCUCGAAGUUGUUUAAUUUUCCUCUCCUCAGUGUUGCUACUUCUUAUGUUGCUGAGGAAGUUUCAAGUAAUGCAAUUGAAGAUUUAACAUCAGGAGGCGGUGGUAAUAGAACACNUUACUUGGAAACAAACUUAACAGAUGUAGCAACAAUCAACAAUACUUUUGCUGCUGUGUCUUGUUUCACAUGCAUACUCUUUUUGCAUUGA